CCCAAAUAAAGGCAACUCCUGUACAAAACAAACCAAACUCCAAUUUAUUUUUCAAACUUUUCCAAUUCCCGGCAAAAGCAACUUGCUGAACCUUUCUUCAAAUCCAGCAAAAGCCUGUUCAGGGUUUCCGAAAUUCUGCGAAAAUGGUGGAAGGAAUGAAUGCCACUGUUGUAACAGUCACUGGAUACCAUGGCUCUGAGCGGAUGAAGCUCAUAAAGUUGAUUUCUCUUGCUGGUGCAAAUUAUGUUGGUAAAAUUACAAAAUCUACGACGCAUUUGAUUUGUUGGAAGUUUAAAGGGGAAAAAUAUGAACUUGCGAAGAAGUUUGGAACUAAAAUUGUCAAUCAUCAGUGGCUUGAAGACUGCAUUAAUGAAGGGAAGCGUAUUCCAGAGGCUCCUUAUACGCUGCUAAGUGGACAAGAAGUAGGUUUCAAUAUCCCUGACCAUCCAGUUGUCAGAGAAACUGUGAGCAUCCUAUCUGAGAAUAAGCGGCUUAUGAACAGACCAAGCAUACAUGAUUACCUCAACGAUGUGAUAGCUCUUGAUUCUGAUGAAAUCGAAAAUGAUGACUGGGAUGAUGAUCCGUUGUUAGAUGAGAAUCUGGUUCUGAAACCAAGAAGCAGAAAAUCUUCUCAACAAAGGUCUAAAAGAAAAUUGGCUAAGGAGACUCUAGAAGAUAGACGAGUAAAGGCAGGUACCAGACUCGUCAUUCAUGAGACCCAGAAAACGACAGUUGAUGGACUUCAGUGUGGAGUAUCGAAUUACUCACACAAAUGCUCAACCAAGCAGAGAAGAAGUGAUAAUGUUACAGGCGUGUGGUUAGAUGUUCCUGAAUCUUCUCGUAAAAGUCGACGACUUGUAGAAAAAGAUGCUGAACCAAACAUCACUGAUAUAGCUACUAUUGAUGCUGAACGACAAAACAGAACACAUGCAGAUGACUCUGAGCUCCAUGUUGCUUUAAGCCUAUCGAAUGACUCUGAUGACUUGAGCACUGAGAUUGAAGCAAUCAUUAGUGCAAGGCUUGAUACCAUUUCUACUGUACAUGGCCAAAGUAGACAUGAAGUUAACCCUAUGAAUGAUUUAGAUCCUCUUUUAAACAAAAGCUCACAUGACAAUGCACUGAAUGCCAAGGGGAGAAACGUGGAAGAGAUCAGUCCUGAUGUUUCCAAUUCAAAUGGGGAUAAACUUGGAAGAGAUCAGUCAACGGCCGAUGCUUCAAUAGAGCUAUCAUGUGUUAUAUGCUGGACAGAAUACAGCUCAGUGAGAGGAGUUUUGCCAUGUGGACAUCGCUUCUGUUUUCCAUGCAUCCAGAAUUGGGCUGAUCACAUGCGUUCAAACAGGAAGGAACCAACAUGCCCUUUAUGCAAGGCUGCUUUUGUCAGCUUUACAAGAGUCGAAGCUGCAGCCACCCUGGACCAGAAAAUUUACUCGCAGACCAUUCCAUUUGCAUCAUCAUCACAGGACAUAUACUUUGUUCCAGAGGGUAGAACAGGUUUUUUUGACGUUGAGAUAACACCCCUGCCAGUAUGUUGUUAUUGUCAGAGCCGAGAUCCUGCUGAUAUGCUUAUAGAGUGUAGGGUGUGCCAUAGUAGCCGCAUACAUUCUUACUGCCUUGACCCUCCGUUGUUUCCUUGGACUUGCAUAGGCUGCAGACAUCGUCGAGUCCUCUUCCGUAGCUAAGCUCUCAUCUGAUUCUGCUUGAUUACCUGUACUCAACAUAAACUUGCAGAUAGUUCCUCUUCAUUCAAGUUAAUAGACGUAAUACAGAGUUUCAAGCCAGUUUAUAUUUUGUUUGCUUGACAAAUUGAAGUGUAACAAGAAAGCGUAAUUGUACUCAUCGGAAUGUACAAGGCCAAGGCUGCCGAUUGGACAUUAAUGUGUAGCAAUGUCCACUUGACCCGAUUAAAGUGAUUGUGCUAUCUGUAUGAGUGUACGACUAUAUCUAUUAUGAAAUGUACUUAAGAGCACUCAGACCGAACAGGCGAAGGCAUAUAUUCCAGAAGUUCUGUUUAAUGAAGCUUAGAUAAUUAGAGUUGACACACUUCAGAUGUAUUGGAUCAUAGAUGUUCAACUUCUAUAUUGAGAUAUAGAAUCAAAGCUGAUAUUUCAUCAGCUUGUAUUCUUAAAAAGCAAUCUACUUGUUACAGCAAAAGUAUUAUUUUUAA